UGCCCGGAACAUGUAAAUAUAGUUCAUUGAAUCCACUUGUGGCCAUAACGUUCAUAUUUUGUGUCUGAAUGAAUGAAGCCUGUUGGUUUUUCGAUCAGUACCAGCUGUGCUUUUACGCAUUGCUUCUCCUGCACGUCUCCGCGCGCUUUUUACGCAUGCUGGAUAUUUGACUCCUCAGCUCUCGGCAUGAUGUCAAACGUCAGAAAACCGCCUUAUUCCAUAGGAAGAGGCCGAGUGUCAUUCAUCUGGGGCGCUUAAGAGGGAUUUGUUUCUCUUUGGUUGCAGCAGGGUUUUUGUGGAAUUUCGUUCAGGUACUGUCCUCUGCUGAAAAAGGACUUGGAUUUCGCUUUAAAAAUCUGAGACCUCGGAUGAGGGAUAAAUAAAAGGAAGUUAUGGCAGUUUCGUUCGUCUACGUGUUGUGCAUGUGGAUGGGUUUGGUUUGUCUUUCGCUGGGAACCGGGUUUGUUUAUCACUUUCCAGCCAUCACGCUGCAGCGGCAGCGCGUCAAAUCGGAACAGGACGGCACCACCGGACCGCCGGGUACCGGCUUCCGUACCCAGCUCAGGAACUGGUGUCAGUAUGCUGUGUCCAGGACAGUGUCCUGUCAAGUGCACAAUGGGACAGAGACCACAGUACAGAGGGUGUUUCAGGGCUGCAGAUGGCCCGGACCCUGUUCCAAAAUCAUCAGCUACAGGACCCUGAUCAGGCCAUCCUUCAAGGUGGCCUACAAACAAGUGACUGCACUGGAGUGGAGAUGCUGCCCAGGGUUUGUGGGACAAGAGUGUCGUGAAGAGUGCAUGAACUGUACUGGUUUCACAGAGAUGAACAGCAGAAUAAAUGCCAUUGAAACCAAGAUUAAGCUGUUUGAGAAUAAACAUUCCUCACCAACAGUCAACAGUUUGCUGGAGGCUUCGACUGACAAUGAAGUGGACACGUCCAAACCCACUCCUAUUGGACCACCAUCAAACUUGCCACCAGGGAGGAUAGGCCCUCCAGGCCCCAUUGGACCUCCAGGGCUUCCUGGUUCUGCUGGGCCUCCAGGUCCAUCGGGAAGAACUGGCCUUCCUGGACCAAUGGGACCGAGAGGGGAGAGAGGUUUUCCAGGGGAUGUGGGCCUCCCUGGUCCACCUGGACCUCCAGGGCCGAGCUCCUCCUCUAUCCAAAUGAGGGGUGAUAUUUUUCAGGUAGACCACCAAGAGGAGAACCACAACCUUCCAUCUCUUCCCACUUCUCAGAUUGCUGUCGGGCCUCCUGGUCAAACUGGUCCUGCUGGCCCCUCAGGCCCUCCAGGAUCUAGAGGACCUCCAGGUCCACCAGGACAAAAUGGCAAGGAUGGUCUCCAUGGCAGGCCUGGAGACCCUGGACCAAAAGGGGAUUCUGGAGAAAGGGGGUCUCCAGGUAUCACAGGGGAGCCAGGCUUACCUGGAUCACCAGGGACAAAGGGAGAGCCUGGAGAGGGCUUGUCUGAGGGCGAGGCCAUACAGCAGCUUAGAGAGGCCCUGAAGAUCCUGGCAGAGAGAGUCCUGAUCCUGGAGCACAUGAUCGGUGUUCACGAAAACUCGGAAGGAUCUGGAUUUGGCAGCAUUUCAGACGCCCUGUUCUCUAGUAUUAAGAUCAAGCGCCUCCAGCCGAGUCAAACCCUUCCUUAAUCUCCACUGUCAGGAGAAAUUCAAGAUCCUGUUUAAAAGUAGAGUGACAUUUUUUUUUCUGUAUGUGAUCUGUGUAUGUGCAGAUGAAUCUGUUGCAAAUUUUGUAUGACUGGGUGUAAGAUUUUACCUUUUUUCCAUAUCAUAUGCAUUUUUAAAAAAUUAUUUACCUAACUCUGUCAAUAGCAAAAUGAUGCUUUUCUACCACAUCGUACCUGCUCGACUUGACAUGACUCUACCUGCCUUUUUCGGUUUUCCAUUGGCUAAAUCUGGUACCUGUCACCUGGUCCUGUUUUUGGUAUCACCUCCAUCACAGUUCCAAGCAAGAUGAGGUGAUACCAAAAAGUGCCAUGACAGCACUGAAAGUUACUGACUGGUCAGUGAAAAUCAUAGCGUUAACUAUCAGUGCAUCAUCGCUGUGCGAGAUGGAAAACAAAAGACAUCCUGAACAAAUGUGCCAUUUCUAAAUCCCUGAAAAACAGACUUAAAGAACUGAAAAUUUGAAUAUGUUGCAGCAUAAACACGGAUGUUCCCAAAAAGGUUUUUUAAAAGGCCCCGUAAAAAACACACACAAAAACAUAGUUUAUCAUCCCCGCCCACAUGCCAAAAUUGGCCUCCAUCAGUUGUUUUUUUUUUUUUGGGUGAAUUUCAUUGACGGUGGUACAGCUGGUGCAGGAACCUAGUGCAAGGUGAUGAGUGUGCUUUGGCCAAAGACGGUCAUUGACAACCACACCGUCAUUUGCUGCAUCUCACUUGCACACAGUGUGGAUGUUUAUCACACUACAAGCGUGCAGUACACUGACUGUGUUCA